AUGAAGCGAUUGCUCAAACUGGUCAAGAACCAUCCAACUUCAACCGCAUCCGCUCUGCGCGUCUCUGCAGCUCUUCCAACGUCAGGAACUGCCUCAAUCGAUAAUCUACAGGGCGCAUCUGUGGCAGCAGCAGAGCUAUCAGAUGUUCUUGGUGCCUCUCUCAAGGACAUUGACCUUGAAGACAAUCUCAGUGUCCAGGCUCGGGCUCUGGCCACGCGCUUGGAUGAUGAAGCAUCCAGAUAUGGCAACGCGCAGCUGAGCUCUGAGCAAUGUGACGAGAACUGGACAUGCUCGCAAGAUCAAUCUCUUCUCAUAUCACUCGCAUGGGACUGCGCCACUGAGUCCUACAAUUUUGCUUCCACCCGCCCCCCCCGCACGAUCAAGAAUUGUGUAUUGACUCAGGACCAUGAAGUUACGCCUUCUAUCAAUGGGACAGUCAAGGCCGCUACUUUCACAACAGUUGAUCUGAAGGAUACAUCAAGCGGAAAUGAGCUUCUGCCUGUGUUGGUCAUCGCGAUCAGGGGAACUGCCAGUACUGUGGAUCAUAUAGUUAACAUCAACAGCAAGCCACAAGAGGCGAGUCACUUCAUUAAUCCUGCCUGUUUUGAGCUCGAGGAUCACUCACCACAGAGCAAGCUAGAGGCCCAUUCCGGAUUUCUGCAUAGUGCAAUAGCACUGGAAGCCAUCCUUUCGGAGAGAAUAGAAGCCUACAGUCGUCUCCAUGCUGACAUUGGCAGUCACAUUCUCUUUACCGGUCACUCCGCAGGAGGUGCCGUAGCCUCACUACUUUUCCUCCACUAUAUCUCAGAGACAAUUCCCCAGGUCGCAAGGCACAUCUCUUGCAUCACGUUCGGUGCCCCACCAGUAGUCACAUUACCGCUGAUGGAUGGCAUCAGGCACCGAGGCCUGCCGGCAAAACUAUGCUUGAACCUCAUCAACGAGUUCGACCUUGUCACUAGAGCAGAUAAGAGCUACAUUUUAUCGCUUGUUAAUCUACUACGAUCGCGCGAUGAUUCUUCCCUUGUGGUUGCAGAUGCGGAUGCUGCAUGCGAGCAAGCUUUUGAUUCAUUCUCCGAUAAUGCUGAAGGUUGCUGGCGAUUACCGCGCUCUCUUUACAGCCACGUUGGGCCCCGUAUCGUUUUAUUCAUGCGGUUGGGGAGUUUGCAGGAACACUCACCGCAGUUACGCGCUGCCUCCGUGUCCCGGACCGCGUUUGACAGACUGCUAUUCUGUCGUCUUUCCGUUCACAAGCGAAAUUACUAUGCGCAAACGGUGGGACAGCUGUUGGCUGGUCAGGCAAAUGGAGAAAAUUGAGAAGCACGACAAUAAGAACAUGCUUUCGCUUACGGUACCCGUAGUAAGCGAAGUACGCAUCAAUGGAUAUGGUCUCUAGGCGGCGAGCAUUUAGCGAAAUCGGAAAUGCCCUUCGAAAGAACGGGACAAGUGACGCCAGAAAAACCUCCAUCAUCUCCGUUACACACUAAUAUCUCGACCAAAACGAGGCGUGUUUGCCGCUUAUCGGAUGAAACGGUACAAUUGAUCGGAUUUCGAGGGUCGACUCAGAAGGUUAGCAAUUUGGUAGAUAGGGUCGCAUUCUCAAAGGAUACAUUAAUCAGCGG